AUGGAUGAGGAUGAAGAUAUUGGAGCCCUACUGGGCAAUCCCCCACAUCGUCAAAUGUCCAACGGCGUACUGCCGACGGUGAUGGUGACGAACUCAUCGCAACCGUCUGUCAAGAAAGCUGUCGAUUAUUUCGACGAAGACGAUGAAAUGGAGUCCAGAGGGCAUUCUGCUUCAACUUCUUCCGGUCUCAGCACCCACAAAGACUCUUCGCCAUUUUUUGUCGAUCACGAAAUGGAUUCCAAGAAGGUUGAUGAACCAGGAAUAAUCAACUGGCAAUAUCCUUAG